AUGGCUUCUGCUCUGUUUCUAAUACUCUGUUUUACGCAUUUCUUUCUUUCAUCUUCACAGCCACUAUAUCUCCCUCUAACCCACACGCUCUCCCAAACCCAAUUCAACAGUACCCAACACCUCCUCAAAUCCACCACCACGCGCUCAGCCAGGCGCUUCCACCACCACCACCGCCGCCAUAACCGCCAAACAAACCAAGUCUCUCUCCCACUCGCCCCAGGCAGCGACUACACUCUCUCCUUCACUCUCAACUCCAGCCCUCCGCAACCCGUCUCUCUCUACAUGGACACAGGCAGCGACCUCGUCUGGUUCCCCUGUUCCCCAUUCGAAUGCAUACUCUGUGAAGGCAAACCCAACUCCACAAACCCACCACCCAAAAUCCCCAAAAACGCCGCCGUUUCGUGCGACUCCCGCUCCUGCUCCGCCGCCCACUCCUCCCUCUCCUCCGCCAACCUCUGCGCCAUUUCCCAUUGCCCUCUCGACUCUAUAGAAAUCUCCGAGUGCUCCUCCUUUUCUUGCCCGCCAUUUUACUACGCCUACGCUGAUGGAAGCUUCAUAGCCAAGCUUUACAAGCACAGCCUAUCAAUACCCAUGUCGACGCCUGCUCUGGUUCUGAGAAAUUUCACUUUUGGGUGUUCCCAUUCUUCCCUCGGCGAGCCAAUUGGGGUUGCUGGGUUCGGCCGCGGCUUGCUUUCUCUACCUGCCCAACUCUCCACCUUCUCUCCCCACCUCGCCACCCAAUUUUCAUACUGCUUAGUUUCUCACUCCUUUGACCAGGACCGAGUCCGUCGACCGAGUCCGCUCAUUCUCGGCCCGUAUGACCAGAAACAGAAGCGAUUUGAGGACGGUGCUGGUGGGUCGGUUGAGUAUGCCUACACCUCCAUGCUCGACAACCCAAAGCACCCUUAUUUCUAUUCGAUUGGGCUCGCCGGAGUUUCGGUCGGGAAAAGGGUUAUUCCGGCACCGGCGAUUCUGCAAGGGGUCGAUGAGAAUGGGAACGGCGGGAUCGUCGUGGACUCGGGGACCACUUUCACCAUGUUUCCGCAGGGUUUCUAUAACUCGCUUGUGGCUGAGUUCGACCGCAGAGUCGGGCGAGUUCACGAGCGGGCGACUCGGGUGGAGGACGAAACCGGGCUUGGGCCGUGCUAUUAUUACGAGAAGGUGGUGGAGGUUCCGGCUUUGACGUUGCAUUUUGCGGGGAACAAAUCCAGUGUGUUGCUGCCCAGGAGGAACUACUUUUAUGAGUUCGUGGACGGUGGUGAUGGGGCCGGGAGGAAGAGGAAAAAGGUUGGGUGUUGGAUGCUGAUGAACGGUGGUGAUGAGGCGGAGAUGAGCGGUGGGCCCGGGGGUAUUUUAGGGAAUUAUCAGCAGCAAGGGUUUGAGGUAGUUUAUGAUUUGGAGAAGCAUAGGGUUGGGUUUGCAAGGAGGCAAUGUGCAUUGCUUUGGGACAGUCUAAACCAACGGUAG